AACUUGACUUUGGAUGUUGUACCAAUUAAAAUCUUGGACGAAUAGUUGUAUCAAUUUGAACCAUAUCAUUAAAUGUAUCAUUAAUAUUAUCCAUUAACUACUCAAAUCAACACAUAUCAAGAUAUUUCAACUCAACUCAAUCUAAAUUUAUAUCAUAAACACAAACAAUUUAACUCUCUAAUAAUAAUUAAAACUCAAUUCCACACGUCAAACGCCCUCUAAAAAGUUAUUUUAAUACUAACUCCUAAAGUUUUAAGAUCAAUAAUACUUUUUGCAUAAAUAUAUAUAUGUAUAUACACACAACCGACAGCGACAACCAUAGUCCAUAGCUAAGCUUCAAAAAGGAAUUAUACGCUGCACGAAAGCGCGAGAGUAACGUCCAAGCCGGCGGCAAGUCCUGAGGACAAAACGGAAAAUGCCACGCGCUUUCUCGGUGGCAUCGGAAAUGGAGAAAUGGCGAAUGGAAGGACGGACGACACCUCUACCUAACGAUUCCCCUGCUCUCUGGAAAUUCACUCCCAUAAUUCCCUCAACCAAGGAUCACUCCAAUCAAUUCCUACAUUACAAGUUAUCUCUCUCUGUGUAUGCUGAUUCUCGUUUGCGGCGGCUGGGGGCGAUUUGUGAUGUCGGAGUCGGAGUCGGAGUCGGAGGUGUUCGACGCGGCGGCGGCGACGGAGUUGGUGAAGAAAUUGAGAUGUAGUUUUACUACCGGCAGGACUCGGAGCUAUGAGUGGAGAGUGUCGCAGCUUGAGAACCUCUUGAAGCUUAGCGUUGAGCAUGAGGAAGAUAUUUGCGAUGCGCUUCGCUCUGACCUUUCGAAGCCUGUAGUGGAAUCUAUCGUUCAUGAGAUAGCUUUAUUAAAAGGUUCGUGUAAAUUGGCAAUUAAAGAACUCAGGCGUUGGAUGGCACCAGAAAAGGUUAAAACUUCAAUUACCACAUUUCCUUCAUCUGCUGCAAUUGUACCAGAACCUUUUGGCAUCGUCCUGAUCAUUUCUGCUUGGAAUUAUCCAUUCUUGUUAUCUCUCGAUCCAGUUGUUGGAGCAAUAGCAGCUGGCAAUGCUGUGGUUCUAAAGCCCUCAGAAAUUUCCCCAAGAACAUCAUCUUUGAUGGCAAAACUUUUAGAGAAAUAUUUGGAUACUUCUGCUGUAAAAGUUGUUGAGGGUGCUGUUCCCGAAACUAAUGCUUUGUUGGAGCAAAAGUGGGACAAAAUAUUUUACACAGGCAAUGGAAGAGUGGGGCGCAUAGUGAUGGCAGCUGCUGCCAAGCAUCUUACGCCAGUUGUGUUAGAGCUCGGAGGAAAAUCUCCAGUAGUAGUUGAUUCAGAAAUCAAUUUACAAGUUGCGAGUAGACGGAUUAUAGCUGGCAAGUGGGGUUGUAACAAUGGACAAGCAUGCAUUGCUCCUGAUUAUAUCAUAACUACCAAAGAAUUUGCUCCAAAAUUGGUGGAGUCUCUGAAACAAGAACUGGAAAGAUUUUAUGGAAAGAAUCCGUUGGAAACGAAAGAUUUAUCUCGCAUUGUGAAUGAUAAGCACUUUGAUCGCUUGACAAGGCUCUUAGAUGAUGAUAAAAUUUCUGGCAAGAUUGUGCAUGGAGGUGAAAAGGACAAAACCAAGCUACAGAUUGCUCCCACUCUCUUAUUGGAUGUCCCUCGAGACUCACUAAUUAUGACGGAGGAGAUAUUUGGUCCAUUACUUCCCAUUCUCACGGUCGACAAGGUGGAAGACAGCUUCGAAAUAGUGAACUCCUCGGGCACAAAGCCACUUGCAGCAUAUUUAUUUACCAAUAACAAGAAGCUCAAGGAACGAUUCGUGGCUUGUAUCUCCGCAGGGGGCGUGGCCAUCAAUGAAACCGCCUUACAUCUAACGAUUAGCACGCUACCGUUCGGAGGAGUCGGGGAGAGCGGAAUGGGAGCUUACCAUGGAAAGUUUUCCUUUGAUGCAUUUAGCCAUAAAAAGGCUGUUCUUUAUCGAAGUUUCGCAGGUGAUGCGCCGAUGAGGUACCCACCAUACACCAAGGGAAAGCUGAGAAUUCUCAAGGCUCUUCUUGGAGGUGGCAUAUGGGGACUCAUUCGUGCUUUACUUGGUUGGUCAUAAGCACUUUCUUGCACACUUUACUUCUUUAUUUAUGAGUUCUUCCCAGCUUGAUGCUGCCUUUCAAGUUUUCUCCCUCUCUUUUGUUUUCAAAUUUGUGCCAUAUUUGCAGAAUCAAUAGUGCUUUGGUUGGAAUUGUAUAACUAAUAAGAGAAUUUAGAGUAUAUUCAAUAAAAUGAUUCUUGUAGAAGUUAUUCGAAAAAAAAAA